CCCAGGGUCCCUCACAGCUUUCUUGCGCCUAGCCCUUUUGUUGAACACUAGUUGUAAUAAUCCAGUUUGAUUUCUAUCAUAAUUACAACACAGCUAUGUAUUUUUGUGUUUAAUCUUGUUUCUGGUUCAAAUCCCAAUAAUAAUAAUUCAGAUCUGUGCUGUUUCUGCUCACAGAUUUGAUCCACAAGGGCUAGGAGGUGUUGAUUUGUUUAUUACAUAUAAAUUACACACAUAUCUUGUUUUAAUAAUCAUCAAGUUUUGAUCUUUAGGGUUCCCACCUGUGUUUUUUUCUUUUGCCGCCAUUAUAUCUAUAUGUUUGUUUAAUCUGCAUAUCACAAUUUGUGUUUCGUGCAAGAUUUUGUUUGUGAAUUGUUGAGAAUAGGAUUCUGGGGGCUGUUGUAAUUUUAAUUCUUGUGGAAAAUGGAUAAGAAGAAGGCUGCAGUGCCACUUGUUUGCCAUGGACAUUCUCGCCCCGUUGUCGAUUUGUUUUACAGUCCCAUUACUCCGGAUGGGUAUUUUCUCGUCAGUGCCAGCAAGGAUUCUACUCCAAUGCUAAGAAAUGGAGAGACUGGUGAUUGGAUUGGUACCUUUCAGGGGCACAAAGGCGCAGUCUGGAGUACCUGCCUUGAUAGUAAUGCUCUUCGUGCUGCAUCUGCAUCAGCAGAUUUUUCUGCGAAACUGUGGGAUGCGUUAACAGGAGAUGUAUUGCAUUCAUUUGAACACAAGCAUAUCGUUCGAGCAUGUGCUUUCUCAGGGGACACACACCUAUUACUUACCGGUGGUUUUGAAAAAAAACUUCGGAUUUUUGAUUUGAAUAGACCGGAUGCACCUCCAAGAGAAGCGGAUGACUCUCCUGGUUCAGUUAGGACUGUUGCUUGGCUCCACAGUGACCAGAGCAUAUUAAGCUCCUGCAGUGAUUCUGGAGGAGUGAGGUUGUGGGAUGUAAGAAGUGAGAAAAUUGUUAGAACACUUGAGACCAAGUCAUCUGUAACCAGCACAGAAGUCAGUGCCGAUGGCCGCUAUAUAACCACUGCAGAUGGUUCAACUGUCAGUUUCUGGGAUGCUAAUCAUUUUGGUUUGAUUAAGAGCUAUGACAUGCCUUGCAAUGUGGAAUCAGCAUCACUGGAACCAAAGAAUGGUAACAAGUUUAUCGCAGCUGGAGAAGACAUGUGGAUCCAUAUGUUUGAUUUUCAUACAGGAGAAACAAUUGGCUGCAACAAGGGUCAUCACGGUCCUGUGCAUUGCGUAAGAUUUGCACCUGGAGGGGAUUCUUAUGCUUCUGGGUCUGAAGAUGGAACCAUAAGAAUAUGGCAGACAGGUCCGUCAAGUCAAGAGCAUGAUACAUCGUUGGCCAACGGCCCAGAUGUGAAAGUAAAGGGCAGUACUGACGAGGUUGUCCGGAAGGUGGGGAAUAUUCAUAUCAGUGAAGGAGAGAGUAAAGAGAAUUAAAAGGAAGAGGGGAUCCAGUAGGAACGUAAUGGCUGUUUGCCUAUAAUCGUUGUGAUCUAGUGGUGGAAACUGUCUUUCUUUGCUAUUUCUAAUACUCCUGUUUUAAGUUUUUUGAUAGACAUACACAUCGAAUACUAUGUACUCGGUGGAUAGAUGUGAAAGAAAUCUAAAAAGGAAGCUAUAAGUUCUUAA